AUGUCUUUUCCAUUAUCAAAUAAUAAUAAUAAUGAUGGUACAAUAAUUCAUGGUACUAUUACUCAACAUGAUAAUGAUAAUAAUACAUCAACUGAAAAUAUAUAUUUAUUAUUCGAAAAAAUUGCAAAUAAAUAUGCACAAAAAAUUGGUUUACAAAACUCUGAAUAUUCUAUAAGUUAUCAAGAAUGUUUAUCAUUUACUCUUCAACUUUCAAAUUGUCUUAGUGAAAAAGUUCAUGUUACAUCGAAUACAAUAAUUGGAAUGUGGAUGAUAAACUCGAUUGAAUAUGUUAUUAGUAUUUUGACUGCAAUAAAAUUUGGUGCAACUUUUGUACCGUUAGAUGCCAAUCAUCCUAUUGAUCGUCUACAAUAUAUUGUUAAAAAUGCCAACAUUAAUCUUAUUCUAACUACAAACAGUUUAAUCGCUGCUGCUGUUUUCAAUUUGCCAGUCGUCAAUGUACAAUUACUUCGCAAAGAUAAAUGUUCAGUUUUACAAAUAGAAUCAUCUUUAUUAUCUAAUAGUUCGUUAGAAAAUUGUCAAAUAGCUUAUGAUAGUUGUUAUAUCAUCUAUACAUCAGGUACAACUGGACGACCAAAAGGUGUUGUAUUAAAUGAAAAUGGAUUAAAAAAUCUUGCUUUUUCUCAAAUAGAAUUAUUUGCCAUUAAAGAAACAGAUAUUGUUGCACAAAAUGCAUCGAUUUGUUUUGAUGCUUCUAUAUCGGAAAUUUUCAUGACAUUGGUUAAUGGUGCACAAUUAUUUAUUUUUCAACAACAUGAAAAAAUUGGAAAUAUUUUUAUAGAUAUUAUGAAUCGUUAUCAUAUUACUGUAUUAACAAUGACUCCAAGUUUAUUAUCAAUCUAUGAUCCAUCACAUUUACCAUUUCUUAAAACUAUUAUUUCUGCUGGUGAAUCAUGCCCUUCAGCAUUAGCUAAAAAAUGGUUCAAUGGUGGUAACAAAACAUUAAGAUUUUUUAAUGCAUAUGGACCAUCUGAAGCAACAGUAUGUACAACAAUUUUUGAAGUUAACUAUAAUGAAAUAAAUUAUGAUAUAAUUCCAAUUGGAUUUCCAAUUCAUAAUGUAUAUUUAAAAGUAGUAGAUGAAAAAAUGAAUAAUGUAUCAAUAGGUAUGCCUGGUGAAUUAUUAAUUGGUGGUAUGGGUGUAUCACAAGCUGGUUAUAUUUAUCCAGCAGACAAUAAAAGAUUCGUUAAGAUUAAUGAAACCAUUUGGUAUAAAAGUGGAGAUAUUGUUGUUGCAACAUCGUUGAUAUCAUCAACGACAACAACAUGUUGUUUAUCUUAUUUAGGUCGUAUAGAUAAUCAAGUAAAAAUUAAUGGAUGUAGAAUUGAAUUAAAUGAAAUUGAAACAGUUAUUUUAUCUUGUGCAGGUGUAUUACACUGUACAGCAAUUAUUCAUCAAUGUGAAAUAUGUAAAAAAAAAUAUCAGAAGCCAUCAAUUGCUGCUUAUGUAUAUACUACAGAUGAUUCUAAUAUAAACAAAGAAUUUAUUCGACAUCAUGUUCAAAAGUAUGUACCAUCAUUUAUGGUACCAUCAUAUAUUAUUCUUGAAAAACAUUGGCAUCUACCAAUGACUGCAAAUGGAAAAAUUGACAGAAAGCAACUUUUUAAUGAUAUUACAAUUCAUUCUAAUCAGACAAAGAAUUAUGUUACUGAAUAUAGUAAGAUUGAGAAACCAUUAUCUCAAAUAUGGUUUGAUUUAUUUGAUUGUAAAAUAGUAUUAGAUUCGACUACAACAACAUUUAGUGAAUAUGGAGGAAAUUCAUUAAUGUUAACAACAUUAUCAUCACUUAUAUUGAAGAAAUUGAAUAUAAAAAUUGGACUUGGUGUAAUUCAUAUACAUAUGACAUUAAAACAAAUGGUUGAAGCAAUACAAAAUAAUACAAAUAAAGAUUAUUCGCAUACACAAUUAAAUUUAAUUUUGCAAGAUAUGUAUACAACAAAUAGUAAUUUAAAUAAAUUUAAUUUAAUAUCAAUAUCGAAAAUAAAUAAAAAAUAUUCAACAUUAUUAUUAACUGGUGUAACUGGAUAUUUAGGCUGUUUUCUACUCUAUGAAUUAUUAUUAAAAACUGAUUUAAUAAUUUAUUGUUUAAUUCGAUCUUCAUCUCAACAAAAAUGUCGUCAAAGAAUAAUUAAAAAUUUAAAAAAAUAUAAUUUAUUACUUGAUGAAAAUAAUUUAUUACAUUAUGAAUUUGAUCAACGUAUUAGACUUAUUUGUGGUGAUUUAUCAAAGUGUGAUUUUGAAUUAGAUAAUAAUUUAAUUCAACAAAUAGAUUCUAUUUUACAUUGUGCUGCAAUAACAAAUUUUAAUCUUUGUUAUGAACAAUUAAGACAAGUCAAUGUACAAUCAACAAAAUAUUUAUUAAAUAUAUGUAUUAAUCAUUCUAUUCCUAUGUAUUAUAUAUCAUCUUUAAGUAUAUUUUUAUUUCAUCACUAUUAUAAACGAAAUAGUACAGAACAAAUAGAAAUUAGUGAAAAAGAUAAUCCGGAUUUAGAUUCUAUUUUUGGUGGUUAUGGUCAAUCAAAAUUUGUUGCUGAUUAUUUAAUAUUAAAAGCAUUUACACAAGGUUUAUCAGGAAUAAUAUUUCGUCUAGGUGAAAUAACAGGGUCAACUAAAUGUGGUAUUGGUUCAAUAGAUGAUCUAUUUUUUUUAAUGUUAAAAGGAUGUAUUCAGUGUAAAGCAUUUCCAAAUUUAACAUUUCCUGUUAUUUUAACUCCUGUAGAUGUUACUUGUCAACUUAUUGUACAAAAUAUUAAAAAUCAUUUUCAUAGAAAUAAUCUAGAAACAUAUGCUAUUGUUCAUUUAAGUAAUCAAACUACAAUACCAUUUAAUAAACAAUUUGAAUUAUUAUAUGAAUUAGGAUGUUGUCAGAAAAAAUUAGUAUCAUUAACGUAUGAUCAAUGGUUAGAAAGAUUAAUUUAUUAUCAUCAACAACAACAACAAUCUCCAAAUGUAUUACUACCAUUUUUGCCAUUUUUACAGUCAGCCUUUUGGAAUCAUGUGGAUAAAUGGCCAAAAUUUGUCAAUGAAAUUAAAGAAAAUACAAUCGAUUUGUGCCCAUGUGAAUUAUUUACAAUAUACGCAAAUCAAUGGAAAAAAAUGAAUAUGUUUGAACGGUAG